ACAUUGCACCUUCUCAGUCAAACACCAACAGAAUCCUUUCAAAGCAACUUCAGCGUGGAGCCUACCUAAAGACUUGCUGAACAUACAAUAGAUACAAAGACCUGGGGGAUCUUAGUGAACGUACAUGUAAGUGAAUGAAUAGAUGCACUGACCUAUGUUUAACUGUGGGAAUGGGAUACACGCAUUCCGCCCCUUGGGUCAUCCCAUUCAUCGAGGGUUGAAUACUUGGAGAACGUGGAGCUGGGAGCCCAGUCUGGCGUUAAACCAGAACAGGAAGGGGUGUGGUUCAAGCUAGUCCCUCCACAACUCCGUUCGCCCCUCUUUCGCUUCCAUGAAGGUUCUCAGCUAAGAACCAGGAAUGAUCGGACGUGUCCUUUUGUUCUGUCUGUGUAUACUUGCGUGUCACAUUGACCUGUCUCACCAACAAGGUCCUAUUGUCAAUGGUGGAUUCUCGCAGUGGACCGACUGGACUGGUCUACCUUGUGGCGUAGCUUGCGAAACAAGAACGGACGUGAUUCGGACGCGAACAAGAAGCUGCUCCAACCCACCUCCCAGCAAUGGAGGACUCAACUGUACUGGGUCGUUUGUGGACGUUCUGUCCGCUUGCGUGGGACCUGUAAACGGCGGGUUUUCCCUGUGGUCUGAAUGGACUGACCCUUCCUGUGGCAUCACCUGUGGCUCCACCGACGGUGUCAUCAGGUCACGAACCAGAAGCUGCACAAACCCCGUUCCCAGAAAUAGCGGACUGUUGUGUUUUGGGGAUGUAGUGCAGACGUCUGUCAAGACGUGUAGCUUCCCUGCUUGUCGAGUGAAUGGUGGACUAACAGCUUGGACUCAGUGGACCGAUCCACCGUGUGGCAUCACGUGUGGACAACGAUCAGAUGUCAUGCGGACACGCACCAGGAGCUGUUCCAAUCCACUCCCCAGCAAUGGAGGACGUGACUGCACGGGGUCUUUGGUGGAGAUUUUGCAGAAAACCUGUUUAUUCCCCGCUUGUGUUGUGAAUGGUGGUUUGACGCCAUGGUCCCAGUGGAGUGGACCACCUUGUAACUUGACCUGUGGAGCUAAGAACGAUGUGGUUAGAACUAGAACCAGAAGCUGCACCAACCCUGCCCCAAGUAAUGGCGGACUGAACUGCACCGGACCCUUCGUUGAAGUUAAAGCUUCGUGUGUCGUCCCUGUCAAUGGAGGAUUCACUCAGUGGACGCAGUGGACUAACCCUUCCUGUGGCAUCACCUGUGGCUCCACCAGCAGUGUGUUUAGGUCAAGGACAAGAAGUUGCACCAACCCCAUCCCCACUAAUGGCGGCCUGCAGUGCUCCGGGGAUAGUGUUGAAACAUUGGUCAAGACGUGUGUCUUCCCAGGGUGCCCGGUUGACGGUGGCCUGACGUUCUGGACACAGUGGAUUAAUCCACCUUGCGGCAUCAGUUGUGGAACAAGAACUGACUUGACACAAACACGGACCAGGAGCUGCACCAACCCUCCUCCCAGCAACGGAGGACAAGGCUGCACUGAUCUUUUAGUUGAGGUCGAACCGAGAAACUGUGACUUUGCUGCUUGCAUUGUGAACGGCGGCUUCACACUGUGGACUCAGUGGACCAACCCACCGUGCGGCAUCACCUGUGGAAGAAGUACUGAAAUACGCACACGAACCAGAAGCUGCACCAACCCUGCCCCCAGCAAUGGAGGGACACCCUGUACCGGUCCUAUCAUAGACAUUUUACCAAAAAGCUGUGAUUUCACACCUUGUGUUGUCGCUGUCAACGGAGGAUUCACCCAAUGGACUCAAUGGACCACCCCUUCCUGUGGCAUCACCUGUGGCUCCACCAACAGCCUUGUCAGGUCACGAACCAGAAGUUGCACCAAUCCCGUUGCCAGUGAUGGUGGACAACAAUGCAUUGGAAAUACAAUUGAAACGUUGUCUCAGCCUUGUGUCUUUAGUGCCUGUCGAGCCCCAGUGAAUGGUGGGCUGACCCAGUGGACCACGUGGACCAAUCCCGUGUGUGGCAUAACGUGUGGGGUGGGAGCCUCUGUCAGCAGAACAAGGGACAGGACCUGCACCAACCCUGCUCCAGCUAACGGAGGACAAGUCUGCACUGGUCCUUUCGUUCAGGUUUUAGCCCAGACAUGUUCAUUCUCACCCUGUGCCGUCAAUGGAGGAUUCACCCAGUGGAGUCAAUGGACUAACCCUACCUGUGGCAUCAGCUGUGGUUCCACUAACAGUGUUGUUAGGUCACGGGACAGAAGCUGCACAAAUCCUGUAGCCAGUAACGGAGGCCAAUCCUGCACUGGAGAUCGAGUUCAGACGUUGAUUCAGACUUGUGUCUUUAGUCCCUGUCCAGUGAAUGGUGGCCUCACACAAUGGACCCUGUGGAUCGAGCCUCCUUGUGGCAUCAAUUGUGGAACAAGAACCGAUGUCCUGCGCACAAGAAGUAGAAGCUGCAGCAACCCUGCCCCGAGCAAUGGUGGACUUGCCUGUAAUGGGCCUUUUGUGGAGACUGCACAGAAAGCAUGUGCUUUCUCCCCUUGUGUUGUCAAUGGUGGUUUGACUCAAUGGACUCAAUGGACUAAUCCUGCGUGUGGCAUCACCUGUGGCUCCACCAACAGCCUUGUCAGGUCACGAACCAGAAGCUGCACCAACCCUGCUCCCAGUAACGGCGGACAACAAUGCCUUGGAAAUACAGUUGAAACGAUCCUGAAGUCGUGCGUUUUAAGUGCAUGUCUGGUAAACGGUGGCUUCACACUGUGGACUGAGUGGACCAACCCACCGUGCGGCAUCACGUGCGGAUCACGUACUGAUGUCACACGUACAAGAACGAGGAGCUGCACCAACCCCGCCCCGAGCAAUGGAGGACAGUCGUGCACGGGUCCUAUACAGGAUUCACAAUCGACACAAUGUUCGUUCUCUCCAUGUCCAGUGAACGGUGGCCUCACACUAUGGACUCAGUGGACGGAUGCUUCUUGUGGCAUCACUUGUGGAACUAGAAUUGACGUUGUACGUACCCGCACCAGGAGCUGCACCAACCCCCCGCCCAGAAAUGGAGGACAAGUCUGUACUGGAACGUUGAUAGAGAAUGUGCCAAUAAUCUGUGUUUUCCCUGCCUGUGAUACUCCGAUAAAUGGAGGAUUCACCCAGUGGACCCAAUGGAACACCCUUUCCUGUGGCAUCACCUGUGGCUCCACCAACAGCCUUGUCAAGUCACGGAGCAGAAGCUGCACAAACCCUGUUCCUAGGUUUGGUGGACAACAAUGCUUUGGGGAUAGACUCCAGACUAAUCUCCAACCGUGUGUUUUUAAUCCCUGCCCAGUGAACGGUGGCCUUACACAAUGGACCCAGUGGACCAAUCCACUUUGUGGCAUCACGUGUGGAAUCAGAACCGAUCUCGCACGUACACGGACCAGAAGCUGCUCCAACCCCGCUCCCAGCAAUGGCGGCUUGCCCUGCAGUGGACCUCUCGUUGACGUGUUACCUCAAAACUGUUCCUUCACGCCUUGUCCCGUGAACGGUGGUGUCACGCUAUGGACUCAGUGGACGAAUGCUACUUGUGGCAUCACUUGUGGAACGAGAACUGAUGUUGUACAUAGCCGCACUAGGAGCUGCACCAACCCCCCACCCAGCAAUGGAGGACAAGGCUGCAUUGGAGCGUUGAUAGAGAAUGUGCCAAUAAGCUGUGUUUUCCCAGCUUGUGAUACUCCGAUAAAUGGAGGAUUCACCCAGUGGGCUCAAUGGACCACCCCUUCCUGUGGCAUCACCUGUGGCUCCACCAACAGCCUUGUCAGGUCACGAACCAGAAGCUGCACCAACCCUCUUCCUAGGUUUGGUGGACAGCAAUGCAUUGGAGGAACACUUGAAACUGUAGCACAGCCAUGUGUCUUUAAUCCUUGCCCAGUGAACGGUGGCCUGACAUUAUGGUCUCAGUGGACGAAUGCUUCUUGUGGCAUCACUUGUGGAACCAGAACAGAUGUUGUACGUAGCCGCAUCAGGAGCUGCACCAACCCCCCGCCCAGCAAUGGAGGACAAGGCUGCACUGGAAACUUGGUUGAAACUGGGCAAAAAAAUUGUGUUUUCCCAGCUUGUAAUACUACGAUAAAUAGAGGAUUCACCGAGUGGACUCAAUGGACCACCCCUUCCUGUGGCAUCACCUGUGGCUCCACCAACAGCCUUGUCAGGUCACGAACCAGAAGAUGCACCAACCCUCUUCCUAGGUUUGGUGGACAACAAUGCAUUGGAGAAACACUUGAAACUGUGGCACAGCCAUGUGUCUUUAAUCCUUGCCCAGUGAACGGUAGCCUUACAUUAUGGUCUCAGUGGACGAAUGCUUCUUGUGGCAUCACUUGUGGAACGAGAUCCAACGUGGUACGAACACGUACCAGGAGCUGUACCAACCCAGCCCCCAGCAACGGAGGGAUAGCAUGCACUGGAUUAAUGGUGGAGAGUUUGCAGAAGAGCUGUGUUUUCUCCCCCUGUCCUGUAAAUGGUGGCCUAACGGGUUGGAGUGUGUGGACGAAUGCUUCUUGUGGCAUCACUUGUGGAACGAGAACUGAUGUGGCACUUACACGAUCCAGGAGCUGCACCAACCCCCCGCCCAGCAAUGGAGGACAAGCUUGCACCGGAACUUUAGUUGAGACAGUACCGAAAAGCUGUGUGUUCCCUGCUUGUGAUACUCCAAUUAACGGAGGACUAACCCAGUGGAAUCAAUGGACUAACCCACCCUGUGGUAUCACAUGCGGCUCCACGUUCAGCGUGUACAGGUUACGGAGCAGAAGCUGCACCAACCCCACUCCAAGGUUCGGUGGGCAGCAGUGCUUUAACGACACAGUCCAAACAGUGCUUAAACAAUGUGUCUUCAAUGCCUGCACGGUGAACGGCGGUCUAACAGCCUGGACCCAAUGGACGGAACCAAUUUGUGGCACCACUUGUGGAACAAGAAAUGACGUCAUACGUACACGCACCAGAAGCUGCACCAACCCUCCUGCCAGCAAUGGUGGACAAACAUGCAUUGGUCCUUUUGUGGAGUUUUUGCAGAGAAACUGUGUUUUCGCACCUUGUAUUGUUAAUGGCGGUUUUAACCAGUGGACACAAUGGACCAAUCCGUCGUGCAGCAUCACGUGUGGAACUGGAUCCAGCGUUGUGAGGAUGAGGACCAGGGCGUGCUCAAACCCUCCACCCAGUAACGGAGGAACCUCUUGUGUUGGAGACAGGAUACAAACAUUGGCACGACCGUGCAGCCUUUCACCAUGUCUCGUCAAUGGAGGAUUCACACUUUGGACUGAGUGGACAAAUGCAUCCUGUGGCAUCAGUUGUGGAACAACAUCAAGUGUGAUCCGAACUCGAACAAGAACCUGCACCAACCCUGCACCCAGCAAUGGCGGACAAAGCUGCGUUGGCUCAUCAGUUGAGGUGUUGCCUAAGACCUGUGUGUUCGAACCUUGUGGCGUUAAUGGAAGUUUUACUCAGUGGACCCAAUGGACCAGCCCGUCCUGCGGCAUCACCUGUGGCUCCACCAACAGCCUUGUCAGGCAGCGAACAAGGAGCUGCAGAAACCCCGUUGCCAGUAAUGGCGGACAACAGUGCUUUGGAAAUACAAUUGAAACGUUGUCUCAAUCUUGUGUCUUCGCCCCCUGCCAAGUUGUCAGAAACGGUGGCUUAACAACCUGGUCUCAAUGGACCGAUCCACCUUGCGGCGUCACAUGCGGGACGGGAGACGUUUCACGUUCAAGAUUCAGGACCUGCACAAGUCCGAUCCCAAGCGGCGGAGGACAAGACUGUUCUGGCACUUUAGUGGAGGUGAUAGCAAAGAACUGUGUCCUCUCUCCCUGCGUUGCUACGGUAAAUGGAGGGUUAACCCAGUGGACGCAAUGGACAAAUCCUCCUUGUACCAUCACCUGUGGUUCCGCUAACAGCCUUGUCAGAUCCAGGUCCAGAAGCUGCACAAACCCUGUUCCCAGUAAUGGCGGUCAGUCAUGUUCUGGAGACAGAGUACAAACAUCGGCUCAGCCAUGCAUCUUUAAUUCUUGUCCAGUUAACGGUGGCCCGACGCUCUGGACACCGUGGACCAAUCCACCUUGCGGCAUCAGUUGUGGAACAAGAACUGACUUGACACGAACACGGACAAGGAGCUGCACCAACCCUCCUCCCAGCAACGGAGGACAAGGCUGCACCGGUCCAUUCCUGGAUAUAACACAGAAAACCUGUUCCUUCCCUGCUUGUGUUGUGAAUGGCGCUUAUACCGAAUGGACUCAAUGGACUGCACCUUCCUGUGGCAUCACCUGUGGCUCCACCAACAGCCUUGUCAGGUCACGAACCAGAAGCUGCACCAACCCUGCUCCCAGUAACGGCGGACAACAAUGCUUCGGUAACACGCUUGAAACAUCGAGUACCCAGUGUGUCUUCAGUGCUUGUCCAGUGGAUGGUGGCCUGACCCCCUGGACCGAGUGGACCAACCCCCCUUGCAGCAGCGCGUGUGUGAUUCGGACUCGAACCAGGAGCUGCACCAACCCACCUCCCAGCAAUGGCGGUCUGAACUGUACUGGAGCUCUGCUGGGGGUAGUGAAGAAGACAUGUGAUAACGUCCCUUGUCUCGUUCCAGUAAAUGGCAGUUUCACGCAAUGGACGGAGUGGACAGGACCUCCGUGUAGCGUCACGUGCGGAGCCGGGCCGAGCGUGGUCAGGAGGAGGUCAAGGUCGUGUACAAACCCCCCUCCAAGUAACGGAGGCAACGGCUGUUUCGGGGAUGUCUUGCAGACAAUAUCAACACCUUGCAGCUUCCCAGAAUGUGGAGGGCUCUGUACGUCAGUAACGUAUCGAGACGGCAUUGGCUACCGCUACCACCCUACUGACUGCGACAAGUACAUCCAGUGCUACAACAACCCCAAUGGCAACGUUGUUGCUAUGUACAGGAGAUGUCCGUUUGGUAAAUUCUGGAACCAAGUCACAUUCCAAUGUGACGAUUCCUGGAGAGUUGUGUGUCCACACGACAAGUGCAAGGACAACAGCACUGCGACCUUCAUCCUUCAGGGCAGCUGCCGUGCAUACUGGGAGUGUGACACUAACCUCGUGGCAGUGCCCAAGUGUUGCAGCAUGGGAUACAGCUAUGUGCAUCUCGAGGGAUGCAAGCGUAACCUCUUCUGUCAGGACCUGUGUCCCACUGCAUGUGAAGACAGGGAUCUCUGCGACAAGCGGCCCGACUGGAGCGCCAACCCAGCCACGUACAACAUGUCUGUCGGCAUUCUCGGCUGGGUACCCACCUCAUGUGCUGCCGGAACUCAGUUCGACAUCACCAACUGUGGCUGCAGUGCUCUCAACCAAUCCUGUUCGGCCUCCAACGCUGUCACCUUCACCGCGGGAAGUAGCUUAACGUCAGCCCUAGCAUCAUGGCUUGAACUCUCUAAUGUCGAGGUUUCCAACGGAAUCGCCAACUUCAACGGCAGCAGUCGGCUUGUAGCCACAGUCACCAUGCCAACUGCAACAAGCGCUGACCCUUUGAUCAUCCGCUUCCGGUAUCGUGAAUCUGGCGCUGUGUUCGGACGUCGAGUGCUGGUCAGCACAAGUGACUGUAAGAAUGGCAGCAGCCUGGUCAUUGCUGUGGACAGUUACACCAUGACCUUUGAACUGACGUCUUGGUAUAACUGGGCAGUCACGUUACCUGUGUCCAUGGCGGGCUUCUCCCGUGGCGAUUGGAAGACGGUGACGUUAUCUCACGCGGGCUAUGACAUGUUGGCUGUAGUGGAGAGCGACACGCUGAAGUAUGCUGCCAAGGUUCACGCGCCACAAUCAACCAUUAUGCAGUGUGGAGUGACAUUCGGAACAGACUCCAAGAACGAUGCGACCAACAACUUCAUUGGGCAGCUUGAUCAGUUAUCGCUGUACCAGUGUGACCCAGGCAACCUGUAUUAAUGGAUGCUACGGUGGGGGAAACACACAACAAUCAACAGACUGUGGUGUCACAUUCAACCUGAGACCAACUACGCAAUCAAAUCGGACACAGCCGUCACUCAUAUAGAAGACCUCUGUGUUUUUAUAACUUGCCCAAGAGAUGGAAGUAACUAAGAGAAAUGAAAGAGACACAUACAUGACAUUAGAACCUGUCUACGAUAUAAUUUUUACAAGAUUCAUUCCAAUCUUCUGUCAGUUAAACUGCCCGGCAAAGAAAUGAUACACCCAUGUUUGAUGGUGACUAAAAAAUAAACAAAUUGUGGAAAUACACCUGGCUGGUGAGUGGACAUGCAUAAUCAUCAUCUGACAAUGUUUGUUUUGUUUGUUUGUUGUUUAGUGUGCUAUAUUCAACAAUAUGACUACGGUCUGCAAAUCCUCAAGGUCUGGACCAGACAAUCCACUGAUUGACAUCAUGAGUAUCGAUCCACGCAGUUGGGAGCCUGACCACCCGAUCCCGUUAGUCGCCUGUUACGACAAGGAUAGUCGUCUGUUACGGCAAGCACGGGUUGCUGAAGACCUUUUCUACCCCGAUCGUAACGGGUCGGUUCAGUAAAGUUAGUAAUUUCUUGGUUAUAUCCAAUAUCCGAGUGUAUCCUUUCCUCCGCCCGGCAGUUUAGUAUCGGAUACUUUGCCGAUAUAAAAUGAAUCAUACGCAACGCCACAUUGCUCCAAUUUUCGAUUGGGUGAGUUAUUAGGUAAUGUUUGUGAGAGAGGGAAAGCGAUUUCCAAGCACAGAACUAAAAAAUGACAUUAUAUGAUAAAGAGGUUAUCACGCUUGUGUGUUUGGGGAUGGUAAAUAUCCUGCAUUAGGAAUAAACAUUGUAUUUAGCGAGCCUAUAUUACCUAUAUACUGUAUACCGAAACUUAUCUUGACAGUCUGCAUCAAUAUUAUAGUACAUACAAUUAGUUCAUACUCAUCUUAUAAAGGUUGUUCAUGUGGUCGUUGUAAAGUGUAUCAUAUUUUGUUACAAAAAUAAAGCUUUUAACAUUGUUCACUGUAUAUGCCCAUUGUUGUAGUGUAUUCAAAUAAAUUAUAUUUCAAUUAAA